AAGUAGUAUAGUUAUCUUUGAGUCUUCAACGAUCUACAACGCCUUUAACAUGAAAUUCGCCAUCGUCCUGUUCGCCCUCUUCGCCGUGGCCGCUGCCCGCCCCAACGAUGCCCAGAUCGUGAGGCUGGAUUCCGAUGUGCAGCCCGAGAUGUGGAGCUCCAAACUGGAGACCACCGAUGGCACCAGCAUCAACCAGAAUGGUGUCCUGAAAAACGUUGGUACCGAGCACGAGGCCAUCGCCGUUAAGGGCUCCUUCUCCUUCGUGGCCGAUGAUGGUCAGACCUACACCAUCAACUACAUCGCCGAUGAGUACGGAUACCAGCCCCAUGGUGCCCAUCUGCCCGUUGCCCCCGUUGCCUAAGUUUAUAAGAGUUUAAAUAAAUUGUUUACCAAAAAAUACUCCAAAUUUAAAUGAAAGGGUACAGAAAAUCAAAUAAUGUUUUUAUCCAGUAAAUUAAUAUUUAUUUUGUGCUUUCUGAAAGCCAAAGUAUCAGAAAUAUCCGCGUUUAUAUUAGAUUUGACAUGUUACCUGAAAUGUAUAU